AAGCGAGAUGCCUCGGGAAAAGGUGGUCAGUUGAAUGAAGCAGAGGGAGUGUAGAUAAGGAUGUGGUCGUGUCUUAUCUCAAACCCUAAACCAAACCAAAAACCUGUGGAUGCAGUUGUUUCACUGCCCUCCAAACAACCCCUUCUGUCCUGUUUAUCGAAGAACCCCACCCACUAACUGUUUUCUCUUUCUCCUAUGUAUAAAACCCUUCCCAACCACCACCUUCUUCUUCAACAUCAUCAUCAUCAUCUCUCUUCCUUCUCUUCUCUUCUCUUCUCUUCUCUCUCUUCACACACCCAAUAUGGAGAAAGAUACUGAGAACACAAGAACUUUUGACAUGGAUGCACUUGUAACAAAUCUUCCACAGAACAGGAGAGGACUGUCGAGGUAUUACUCGGGAAAAUCCAGAACAUUUACGAGCAUGGCAGACGUUCGUUGCCUAGAGGAUUUGAAGAAACAGGAACACCCAGAUGCUAAGAAAAGGAAGAAAUAUUCGGAUAGGAAGAAGUGCAUCCACAUUUCCCCAUAUACAUGUAGAAGAGUAUCCAGUAGCACACAAUGUACUACACCUCGUGUUGGGGUGUAAGCAUCAUGCACAAAUGAAGCCAUAUAUCUUCACAUAAUCUUGUUCAUCAAUCACACUUUUUUCUCCACAUUGUGUAUAGAAAGUUCAGAUUCAAUAACACAGUAAGGAUUUCAUUUUAUAACAUAAUUUAUUAUGAAAGAUGUCAUUAUUGCAAUGAUCUUUGCAUUUUCACACUCUGCCCUUGCAUAGACAAUGUCUUUUGCAAUAAUUCUAACAGAACUAAUUGCAUUGGUGCUCCAUUUUGAGAGAUUCAUAACAAUUUUGCUGUUCAGAUUGCUAGAAAUUUGAAGAAAAUAAAAAACCUUAUAUUAAAGAUCCGGACCCUCAAAAUUAUGCCUUCCAACAGCUAUUCUUUCCAAGCAUACCUUAAAUAUUAAACACAGCAAGAGCAAUAACCACUGCAAGUUUGAGCUAUCAUACCAUGGAUGAUCACCAUCUUCUCCCGUUGCUAGACCAAAUGCCUUUUGAGAAUAUAAAUAUGGCAAGUUAU